AAAUCUCUCACCCAAAAAUCUCUCUCUCUCUCUCUCUCUCUCUCUCUCCCCGACCAUGAUGGUGCUGCUGGCCAUAUUAGUUGUGUUUCUGUUUUUCUUCGUUAGAGUUGCUUAUGAAACUGUGACUUGUUACUGGGUAACACCCAGACGCAUCCGGAGAAUAAUGGAAAAGCAAGGAGUGUGUGGCCCUAAACCCCGGUUCCUAACCGGAAACAUUUUGGACAUGGCUUCUCUUGUUUCCAAAUCCACCUCUAAGGAUAUGGACUCCAUUCAUCAUGAUAUCGUCGGCCGACUCCUGCCCCAUUUUCUCGUCUGGUCCAAGUUCUAUGGGAAGAGAUUCAUAUACUGGAAUGGGAUAGAGCCGAGGAUGUGCAUAACGGAGACGGAGCUGAUAAAAGAGCUGCUGUCGAGGUACAGCACCAAGGCUGGGAAAUCGUGGCUGCAGCAACAGGGCUCGAAGCACUUCAUCGGGCGGGGCCUGCUGAUGGCCAACGGCGAUGAUUGGCAUCACCAGCGACACAUUGUCGCGCCCGCCUUCAUGGGAGACAAACUCAAGAGUUAUGCGGGGUACAUGGUGGACUGCACCGAGGGAAUGCUCCGGUCGCUAAAAAGUGCAAUGGAAUCGGGGCAGACCGAGUUCGAGAUCGGCGAGCACAUGAGUCGACUCACCGCCGACAUCAUUUCCAGAACCGAGUUCGAUUGCAGCUACGAGAAGGGGAAGCAGAUAUUCCAUCUGUUGACGGUUUUACAGAACCGUUGCGCCCAAGCAAGCCGCCACCUAUGCUUUCCCGGAAGCAGGUUUUUCCCGAGCAAAUACAACAGAGAAAUAAAAUCGCUAAAGACGGAGGUGGAGAGAUUGCUCCUGGAAAUAAUCCAGAGCCGAAAGGACUGCGUGGAGGUCGGGAGGAGCAAUUCGUUCGGGAACGAUUUGCUGGGGAUGCUUCUGAACGAGAUGCGGAGUAAGAGAGGGAUUAGUGGCGGGUUUAGCUUAAACCAGCAGCUGAUUAUGGACGAGAUUAAGACCUUCUUCUUUGCUGGCCAUGACACCACUGCUCUACUGCUGACGUGGACCGUCAUGCUCCUGGCUAGUAAUCCCACGUGGCAAGACAAGGUUCGCGCUGAGGUGAGGGAGGUGUGCGGGAGUAACGGCGGUGCUCCCUCAGUUGAUCAACUCCCAAAAUUGACCUUGUUAAACAUGGUGAUUAAUGAGUCACUAAGGCUAUACCCACCAGCUUCAGUUCUCCCAAGAAUGGCAUUUGAAGACAUAAAGCUAGGUGACCUCCACAUCCCCAAGGGCUUGUCAAUAUGGAUCCCAGUUCUGGCCAUCCACCACAGUGAAGAAUUGUGGGGCAAAGAUGUCAACGAGUUCAACCCGGAGCGGUUUUCCUCCAAGUCCUUCGCCCCGGGCCGGUUCAUCCCUUUUGCCGCAGGCCCACGAAAUUGCGUGGGCCAGGGCUUCGCCAUUAUGGAAGCCAAGAUCAUAUUAGCCAUGCUGAUAUCACGGUUUAGCUUCGUUAUUUCGGAGAACUACCGCCAUGCCCCUGUUGUAAUCCUCACUAUAAAACCCAAGUACGGAGUUCAAAUCCGGUUGACCCCAUUGACUAAUUGAAUUCCUGGAUCAGCAGUGCGAAAAUCCAUAACGAGGUCCAAAAAAAACUCUCCAUACACAGAAUUGUGUGACUCAAUAGAGUGGAGUAUGUGGGUCCGGAUACACUCAAGUGAAUCUGGAGUCUUGGACCACACACUUCACUUUAUGUGAAGUUUUUUCGAUCCAAUUCUGUAAGGAUUGUAAGAGGUUCUAUUAAUAAAGAGAAUUACAAAAGAUGCACAUAUUCAUGAUU